AUGUCUAUUUGGGAGGCAACACAAGGUGACGCUGCCCAUGCGGGUGGCAUCCGAAAUGGCGUGCCCGAUCGUCGUGUGACUGUAGGAGAAAGCGACGAAGAAACAUGUGUCAGCGACGGUGCACUGCGUCUCAGCGAUGACGAGACGUGUGUCAGCGAAGACGAGACUGAAGACGAGGAGGAGGAGACUGAAGACAGCGAGGACGAUGACGCCAACGACCCUUUUUGCAGAGACGAGUUCGACGAGACAGGGGAUAGAUACACGGUAUUAUGGUUGGCAGGAAUGGUGACUGCCAUACGAUACCCCGAGGUAAUCUUGGAAUUCGGCUUGGGCUACGUGCCACAUCAGGCCAUCGCCGAGGCAAAGGAAAUUCAUCGUCGGCUAUUACGCGGAAUCUUGCUCCGUGAAACAAAUAUUGUUGUUGUCCCAACGAAAUGUAACGCACUGUUCAUGCAUAAGCACUCGAGCGGUGAAAAUAGAUUGCGAUUGAGUUACUCCCAGCUGCGUUAUACGGCAUGA